ACAUACAUAACAGUGCCAUCUCCAGCCAAAGAGUCGCUGGGGAGAUAGCUCAAAGUGCCAGAGCACAUACUUUGCAUGCUACAGCCCCAACUUCGAUCCUUAGCACUGCCUGGACCAUCAAGUACUACUAAGAGUGAAUCCCCAGCACUGCAGUCUUCCUGAUUUGCCAAAAUGAAUGAUCUGAAAGAAGGAGAAGAUGACUCAAAUCCUCUGGCUUCACUUUCAUGGGAGGAGCUUGCAGAUUACCGAGAAGAAUAUAAAAAUUAUCUCAAAGAAAAAUACCUGAAACUAGGAGAUGAUCAAGGUUAUCAGCAUGGCAAGUAUAUAGAUUCACAACAACUUAUUGUAAAGGACUAUAUUGUAGCGGAAAUGAAAGAGUGUGGAAUUCCUCAAGAAGAUCAGUUUAUUGAGCUGAAGCAUGUCUUUGAUCCUGAUGAUGAGGGCUUCAGCUCGUCCCCAACAGUAUUGCUCCAGGGAUAUGCUGGAAGCGGGAAAACAGCCGCAGUGCACAAGUUUCUGUUUGACUGGGCAGAAGGAAGGGUUACUCCAGGCAGGUUUGAUUUUAUCAUCUACAUAAACUGCAGAGAACUAAACCCUAGUGCUCACCUCAGUGCUGCUGACCUGAUCACUAACACUUUCAAAGAGCUGGAUGGGCCUAUCUUGGACAUUGUUCUGAUGUACCCAGAGAAGCUUCUAUUCAUUUUUGACGAAUUUCCUCAGCUGCAGCACCCAGUAGGUGAAGAGGAAGAGAAUGUCUAUGCUGAUCCCCAGAAGAAAGAGCCAGUUGACACCCUCUUAUGUAAUUUUCUGAGGAAACUAGUCUUUCCUGAAUCUGCUCUCAUGAUCACUGCUCGGUUUUCAGUCAUGAAGCAGUUCCAGUCUCUGUUAAAUGAUCUUCUCCUGGCAGAAGUCCUAUGGUUUACAGAGGAUGAAAAGAAAUCAUAUUUUUUAAAUCAGUUUUCAGAUGCCGAUACAGCAAUGAGUAUCUUUUGUAAUCUGCAAGAAAGUGAAGGCCUUGACAUUUUGUCUUCUCUUCCUAUUGUGUCCUGGAUGGUGUGCCAUGUUCUGCCAGGAGAGGAUGACAAGAUGUUUACGAGAUCACUUCAGACUGUGACAGAUGUGUAUGUGUUUUACUUUUCCAAGUGCCUCCAAACCCUUCCAGACAUCUUGAUGUGUAAGGGACAAAGUUGUCUGUGGGGUCUUUGCUCUCUGGCUGCGGAGGGACUGCAGAAGCACCAGGUUCUGUUUGACAUUAGUGACCUCAGAAGACACGGGAUUGAAGAUUUUGACACCACUGGCACAUUUCUCAGUCACUUUUUGGAGAAAUCCAAAGAUGAUGCCAAUAUCUACACUUUCCUUCACUUCAGUUUUCAGGAGUUCUUAGCUGCUGUGUUCUAUGCACUGCAGAAUGACAGCGAUGGUACGAUUUUUAAUCAAAUGGAAGAAAUGCAAGAUUUAUUCUGGUAUGGAAAAGGGUUUUCAUCAUUAACCAUAAAGUUCUUAUUUGGCCUCUUACAUAAAGAGAAUGAAAAGGCUGUAGAAAUCACUUUUGGACAAAAAAUCUUUGAAGGACUUCUAGAGGAGUUACUGCAGUGGACUGAGAGAGAAAUAAAAAUAACAUCUUUUGGGUAUCAGGUUGAGCCCAUGGACUUGUUUCACUGUUUGUAUGAGCUGCAGGAAGAUGACUGUGUGAAAAGGCUAAUCUGCGAUUUAAAGUCCAUCGUCCUGUACCAACCUACUUAUACAAAAAUGGACAUUCUGGCUCUGUCAUUCUGUGUUAAGAACAGCACCAAUGAACUGUCGGUGUCUCUGAAAUGUCAGCACCUACUUGGAUUUAAGGAGGAAAAAGAUGAUUCAGCCCUAUCUCCCAUGGCACCAGAUUUGACAGUUACUGAGUCACCACUACAUUUUCUUUGCCAAACAAUGCUAACUUCGUGCUGUAAAGUCCGAGAACUGAAACUGAUUUUCUGCCACUUCACAUAUUCAUAUGGUAAAGACCUUGCUUCAGUAUUGGAAACUAGCCAGUGUCUGGCAGAAUUGGAAUUUACAAAAUGUACCCUGGAAGAUUCAGCAAUGCAAUUUUUGUGUGGAGGAUAUAAACAGUCUAAUUCUUCCUUGCAGAUAGUAAGAAUGUACCGAUGCCUUAUCUCUACUGCUUCUUGUGGAAUGCUAGCGGCUUUUGUCAGCAGAAGUGAGUGGCUCACAGAGUUGGAACUGAGUGAGACAAAACUGGAAGUUACAGCUUUGAAAUUGCUCUUUGAAGGCUUAAAAGCUCCCACUUGCAAAUUGCAGAAGUUCAGCUUGAGUGGCAGCCUUCAUCCUGAGACCUCAGAGACUGUUUGCGAGUAUCUCUCAUCUGUUCUCAUUUGCAACACCUAUCUCAUUGAGCUGAACCUCAGUGAAAACCCCCUGGGGGACACAGCAGUGAAACAUCUUUGUGAGGGUCUCAGACACCCCAACUGCAGUAUAGAAAUAUUAGACUUGAACACAUGUCUCCUCACAGAUGCUAGCUGUCUGCAUCUUUCUUCUUUUCUGCAAGCAAAUAAGACUCUAAGAGAGCUGUUUCUGUUCUCCAAUGCCCUGGGGGACACAGGAGUACAGUAUCUCUGUGAACCGCUGAAGCAUCCGGAAUGUAAACUUGAGAAUCUUGUAUUGUCUGAAUGCUCCCUCUCUGCGGCAUCCUGUGAGGCCCUCGCCCAAGUCCUGAGCUCCAGUCAGAAUCUCACGAGGUUGCUUCUUAUUAAUAACAAAAUUGAAGAUUCUGGAGUGAAAUUGCUGUGUGAAGGAUUAAAGCAGCCUGACUGUCAGUUACAGAACCUGGGAUUGUGGACCUGUAGCCUUAGAGGAGAGUGUUGCGAGGAUCUGUCCAAUGCAUUCUACACCAAUGAACACCUGAUAGAACUCGACCUCACUGACAAUGCCUUGGGGGACAAGGCCAUGCAGGCGCUUUGUGAAGGUCUGAAACACCCUUCCUGCAAACUGCAGACCUUGUGGUUAGCAAACUGUCAGCUCACAGAUGAUUGCUGUGAAGCCCUUGCUGCUGCCCUCCUUGAAAAUGAGAACCUGAUAUCACUGGACUUAUGUGGAAAUGACAUUAAGGAUUUUGGAGUACAGAUACUGUGUGAUGCGGUGAUUCAUCCCACCUGCAACCUAAAGACAUUAUCCGUUGACACAGAUCAUCUGAAUGAAGAAACAGUGCAAAAGAUGGAAGCUUUAAAAAUAAGCAAGCCUGGAUUCACCUGGUAGUUUCCAAAGCGAGCUGUGGUCAACUGCAGAUUAAGCACCCCCCCUACCCCCACCCCGUAGCCCUUUCAUUAACACUUGCCCAGAAUUCUUGUUCCAACCCUGUUACCCUUUUCUUAGGAUACUAAUGUGAAGCAAGGAAGUGAUUCUUUCUCUCUUUUCUUUCUUUCUUUCUUUCUUUCUUUCUUUCUUUCUUUCUUUCUUUCUUUCUUUCUUUCUUUCUUUCUUUCUUUCUUUCUUUCUUUCUUUCUUUCUUUCUUUCUUUCUUU